AUGGCGCGUACAAAGCAAACAGCCCGAAAAUCUACUGGUGGUAAAGCACCACGUAAACAGUUAGCAACCAAAGCUGCUCGUAAGAGUGCACCGGCCACUGGAGGAGUUAAAAAACCUCAUCGUUACAGGCCAGGUACCGUAGCUCUUCGUGAAAUUAGACGUUACCAGAAAAGUACUGAACUACUUAUCAGAAAACUACCUUUCCAACGUCUUGUUCGUGAAAUCGCGCAAGAUUUUAAAACGGACUUACGUUUUCAGAGUUCGGCAGUUAUGGCUUUACAGGAAGCGAGUGAAGCAUAUUUGGUUGGUGGAUGGAAUAGCCCGAGUAAUGAUAUUAAUUUAAUGUCAUCAAGGCAAAUGGCGGUAGUAGAUGAUAUUAACUUAAUGGCCUGCCCUGGCAAAUGGCGCGAUUAG